UUGACACAACGCAUAUCUUCUCUUUUUUUCCCAGUUUAAAUGGAGUUGUAGAUGUUUUGUAUUUCCCCUGCAGUUCCCCAACCCUCUGAAACUGUUUAGAUCAGGGAUGAUCAUUCCUCUUUCUGGAGAUCUACCAUCCUGCAGAGUUUACCUUUAACCCCUUUUAGAUCUCUAGUGGAGGAAGCAAUGAUGAUCGAUUGCAAGCCUUUACUACACCUUCUCUCCACCUUCCUACACCUUUAAAAUUCGAUUCUACAAAAACCUCAGUUGCUGUGAUCCAAAGAGACUCUGUUUGACCUGAUGGCGUCUGAAAGCAGCUCCAGCCCCCAAGAACCGUCCUCUGGUUCACCUGUUCAGACUGAUACACCUGAGAGAUCAGAACAGAGAGAAUCCCAACAACAGUGCUCAGAAACAGAUAACACUAGUAAAACUCUCCAGUUUCAGAGUGGCGUUCACACUGGGGAUACGCUGUAUAUCUGUGCAGAGUGCGGGAAUAGUUUUAAUCAUAAAACCAACCUCAGGAAACACCAGCGCAUUCACACUGCAGGGAAACCGCAUCAGUGCCCGGAGUGUGGGCGGAGCUUCCUCCAGAAGAAUCAUCUCCAGCGGCACAUGCAGAUCCACGGCAGCGAGAAACCGUAUCAGUGCUCAGAGUGCGACAAGUGUUUCAGCAGUAAAAGUAACCUGAAAGCUCAUUUACGCAUUCACACCGGAGAGAAACCGUAUUACUGCUCGGAGUGUGGGAACACGUUCACCAUGCAGAGCACUCUGAUUCAGCACCAGCGCGUUCACACCGGACUAAAACCGUACUUCUGCUCAGAGUGCGGCAAGAGCUUCGCCCUGAAGAGCCCGCUAAUACGACACCAGCGCAUUCACACCGGGGAGAAACCGUACCGGUGCUCCGAAUGUGGGAGGGGCUUCAAUCACCAGGAUAAUCUAAUUCGACACCAGCGCGUUCACACCGGAGAGAAACCGUUUCCCUGUUCAGAGUGUGGGCGGAGUUUUACCCAGAAGGGCAAGCUAAUGGAGCACCAGCUCAUUCACACUGGGGAGAAACCCUAUCACUGCUCAGAGUGUGGGCGGAGCUUCAGACAUCCGAACACUUUAAAGAAACAUAAAUGCAUUAAGACGGAGACAGAAACAUAUGAGUUUAGUUUGCCGGGAGGCAGCUGUUAAUAAUAUGUCAUUAUGGUGCCUGUAAAAUAACCUGUUGUUAAUCUAUAAUUUUGACAGGUGUUUUGAAUAAUUUAUUAUUGAUGUUACCUGUGUUUUCACAAAGUAAAAAUAAUUAAAUAUUAAGUUGCAUGCAUAUAGAGUUUUGUGAUUUUUUUUUUAAUGGCAAUUUUAUGGCUCUUAUGGUCCAGGAUGUUCCAUCAAAAGGUUAUUAGAUCUAAUGCGUCCACAGUUGUCUAUAUAUUGUCGCUGUCCAAUGAAAAACAAGUAUCUCCAUUUUUGUUGAUUUUUAGUUUACUACAUAAUUUGCACACACAAACUGUCCCUUACACUGUGCCACUGUUACACUGUUGAUAAACAGAUCAAUAGAAAUUCUUCAAAAUGACCUGAAAUAAAUUCUUUUUUUACAUUGACUUCUAUUGAAAGUUCACAAGGUUUUUUCUCUAUCCUGUAAAGUUGCUGUUUUGGAGUUACUUGUUUUUUAAUUGAACAGUAAAAGUAUAUUCUCACAGCCCUACAGAUGAAAAGACUGAUAGAUAAGCCACUAAAAUCAAGUUUUAAAAAGGUACAAAUGACUGAUAUUAUGACUAUAUAUUAUAGAAUAAGUCAAUUAACCCAUUAACAGGCCAGCAUUUUUAUUGAUUUUUUUACCUGAUAUUACACGCCUACAUAUUGAGGAUUUUUAUUCAAGUAUUAUAUUAAAGUUUACAUCCUUUGAACCUUUGUUUUUGUUAUGGUUUUGUACAUCUAUUUUUUAUAUCUAUAUAUCAUUAAUCAAAUUUGAACUAAUUUCUGUUACUGAUUAAAGUAAGAUUGUUUUUUUUGGUUCUACUGCUAUUUUGUAUAUGUGGAUAAACGUGGCUGAAAAUGGGAGUAAAAUAAAAAAUGUUGCGUUUAUAUUUGGGUUCAGUGUAUUUGAAGACAAAAAUCUGAUUUACAGCGGCACUUUGAACUUGCAACGAUGACGCAACCGCUCAACUCGCAAAUCAGCUGGCUGCUCGAAUGAGGAUAACCAAUCACAGCGCAGGAGGCGGGGUUUAUGAGAAGACGGACAGGAAGUGUUCCAGUAUUGUUGUUACAUGUAGAAACAGGAGCGCGAGGAUCUGCGCAACUGAGAAUGGAUGAAAACAGAUGACGUCUUCUUGCCGUUCGUUCCUGCUUCUGGUGUUCUGCAUCCUGUGAAGAUUAACUAAUCAAACUUCCACCAAAGUGCCUGGGGGGCGCUAAUGAGUAACGUGUUGAGUAACAACUGCUGAAAUGGGAGAUGGUAAUUGUGAGGUAACGAUGCCUGAAACGAGCUGCAGUACUCAGCCGCUGUACUCUGAUACCGACAGACAUACAAUUACGUCUGAAAGACAUCCAGCGAAAACCGUGAGAAAGAGGAAAAUCCAUCAGUGCUCAGACUGUGGGAAAAUCUUUCUCAAGAAAAGUGCUUUAGAGCGACACCAGCGAAUUCAUACCGGAGAGAAGCUGUACGAGUGCUCAGAGUGCGGGAAACGGUUCAACGUCGAGAGUAAUCUCAAAACUCACCUGAGAAUUCAUACCGGAGAGAGGCCGUACCUCUGUGCGGUGUGCGGUAAGACCUUUGCCCUGCAGGGGAGUCUGAUCCGACACCGACGUAUUCAUACCGGAGAGAAACCCUACCAGUGCUCGGACUGUGGGCGGGGCUUCAAUAACGAGAGUAAUUUAAAAACUCACGAGAGAGUUCAUACCGGAGAGAAACCGUAUCAGUGCUCAGAGUGCGGGAACAGUUUUAAACGGCACCGGAAUCUCCAGAUACACCAGCGAAUUCAUACCGGAGAGAAACCGUAUUACUGCUCGGACUGUGAGAAAAACUUCAUGUAUGUAAACAGUUUAAAGGCGCACAAAUGCAUUAAGAAGGAGGCGGAAGUCUUUGAGAUAUGUGUUCUAGAGGACAGUGUUUAAUACUGUAAAAGAAAUGUAAGUUAUUAUAUAUUUUAUUUGAGCUAUAUGUAAGUCUGUAUUACUCAGUGUUUAUCAUACAUACCCUAGAAUUACUCAUUUGUAAUACAUACUUAGAUAUAUUUACUAUAUACCAAAACUCAUGUAUGAGUGUUAGCUAGCCUGAUGUACCAAAAGCUAAAUCCAUUAUUUCUAAAAAAGCUCACUGCUCUGAAUACUCUAAACACUCUCAGAUGCAGCUUUGCAACCGUCUUGUAGUCCUUCUGGGCUCUAACAGUACGUUUCCACUAGCACUUCGGCCUCAAUGCAUCCAAUGCAUUUCAAUAGAGAGAAAGCCACCGCAUGCCGCGGUGCAUGUUAGGUUGCAAUAAGGCAAAAACGUUUAACAGAGCUAAAAUGCGUCUGCCACACUGCGUCCAGCCAAUCAGGCAAGAGUGGGGGGUUCUUCAAUGCCAUUCAACGACAAAAGAGAACCUGAAAAAAGCAAAAUAUGGAUUUAUAGAACUAUACAUUACAUCUAGGUUGAUUAAAACUUUUCAAAAAUCCUUAAAAUUACAGUUGUCUACUUCUGUUGCUUCAUUUGAAUUCAAAAACAUUACAGACACGCCCCCCACACGACAAGCCAAAAGAUCCGCCACAGCGAAUAUAUAUUAUAAUACAAUGAUUGUUUCACAGUGUUUACUUAAAUAUCAGUAUAAUGUUUUCAUUAUCAGAUCUGGGACUGCAGAAUGUAUUGUUUCAGAAUUGUCAUCACAAUGUGCAGUAGUCACACUGCAGAAUGUUUUCAAUAUGUUGUAAAGCAAAUUUAAUAAAAUGUUGCUUUUAAA